AUGCGUGUUUUAAUAGUGAUCUUUGCUUUAUUCAUCGCUUUGGUUUUCGCAGCACCUCAGUCUAAGAUAGAAUUUGGAAAUAAUGAUAACAAUGGCAAGCAGUAUAUAGAGGAAGUUGUAGUGGAAUCUGUUCUUCACGUCAGAAGCCCAUCCGCCAAUAGACAAGCGAGAACCAAUGCUCGGACGAAUCUACAAGACGGCAGUCGAAUAGCUGAAACAAAAACUUUA